UAUUAUACGAGUUUGAAAGAAGAGAGAGCUUUUUGAACACAAAUAAUCGUAAGAGAAAAACAGAGAGAAAUGGUAGUGAGUGGGAGGAAGUCGAAGGACAUAGGGAGAUUGGCCAAGGGCUUAUCCCUAAUCGCCAACGAAUUCGCCAAUCGAUCUCCAACUCUCCAAAGCGCCAAGAACGCCGACUUCCCAGCCCUUCUCAAAUACGCCGUCGUUUCCGCCACCGACCUCUCCGGCCUCACCAAGGGCACCCUCCACUCUUCCCAACCCGCCAUUAACCCUAACAAACCCGAUUCCGCUAAUCUCAAACCCGACUCCGUCGUCUACUUCACCCACGACGAACCCCCUCCCCCGCCGGCGAACAAUGCCGCGUCCACGGCGGAGGCGGAGGUCGGGGCUGCUGAUUCCACUGCGCAGCAACAUUUAGAACAGCCGCCAUCACAAGAACCACAACCUCAAUCUCAGCCGCCGCCGCCGCCGCCGUUGCAGAGGCGGAAGCCGAGGGAGAGACGAGUUCCGUCGACUCCUUUCUCCAGAGCGCUGGGGUUUGCUGGUUUGGGAGCUGGGCUAGCCUGGGGAACACUCCAGGAGUCCACCAAGAGGCUCAUUUACGGCACGCCGCCGAGCCAGUCUGCUGUGUCUCCAUUUCUGUCUCCACAGAAUGCAGAACGUUUGGCUCUUGCGCUCUGUAGAAUGCGAGGGGCUGCUCUCAAGUUGGGGCAGAUGUUGAGCAUUCAAGACGAGUCGCUUGUGCCUGCUCCUAUAUUGGCGGCUCUCGAUAUUGUUCGGCAAGGUGCAGAUGUGAUGCCAAGGUCCCAGCUCAAUCAGGUCUUGGACGCCGAGUUGGGACCUGGUUGGUCAUCCAAGUUAACGAGUUUCGAUUAUGAACCUUUGGCUUCUGCGAGUAUAGGCCAGGUGCACCGAGCUGUCACAAAGGAUGGCAUGGAUGUUGCCAUCAAAAUUCAGUACCCUGGUGUAGCAGACAGCAUUAGCAGUGACCUUGAGAACGUUAAGCUUCUUCUAGAUUAUACUAAUCUGAUACCGAAAGGACUUUACCUUGAAAGAGCUAUGAAGGUGGCCAAAGAAGAAUUAUCUCGUGAAUGCAACUAUGAAUUGGAGGCAGAAAGUCAAAACCGGUUUCGGGAUUUGCUCUCUGAUGCACAGGGAUUUUAUGUUCCAUUGGUUGUGGAUGAACUAUCGAGCAAAAGAGUUUUAACUACUGAGCUUAUUUCUGGAAUACCUAUUGAUAAAGUGGCGUUACUGGACCAGGAAACACGUAACUAUGUUGGAAGAAAGUUGCUAGAACUCACUUUAAGGGAGCUAUUUGUUUUCCGCUUCAUGCAGACUGAUCCUAAUUGGAGUAAUUUCUUAUAUGACAAGCCUACUAAUACAAUCAAUCUGAUAGACUUUGGAGCAGCCAGGGAUUAUCCCAAGAACUUUGUUGAUGACUAUCUCAGAAUGGUUGUUGCUUGUGCCAAUAGUGAUAGAGAUACAGUCCUUGAAAUGUCCAAGAGACUUGGGUUCCUGGCAGGAUCGGAAUCAGAAGUAAUGUUAGAGGCCCAUGUCCAAGCCGGUUUUGUUGUGGGAUUACCGUUUGCAAAGCCAGGUGGUUAUGACUUCCGGGCGUCUAAUAUCACCCAAAGUAUUUCAAACCUUGGGGCAACCAUGCUACAGCACAGGCUAACACCACCGCCAGACGAGGCUUACAGUCUUCAUCGGAAGCUUGCAGGUGCCUUUCUGGCUUGCAUCAAACUUGGGGCAGUUGUCCCGUGCAGGGAACUGUUACUUGAAGUAUAUGAGCAUCAUCAAUUUGGCGAUGAAGGUAGUGAAACUGUUUCCAGUGGAUUGGCUUGAUGGGAUCAUGGGAGAGGGGGCUUAUAGAAAUUAUCCGUCAUUUAUAAAUUUAUAAUUUAUCCAUUUUAAAGAUGGAAUAAAUUUCCAUAAUAGAAUGAAUUCAUAGAUUGAGCAUAAAAUCGGAGGUAGACUUCCGGGGUAAGUUAUCUCAGGUGAGGUAGGAUACUUUUGUAUAUUAAUUCCACAGCUAUAGAACAUUCUUUUACAAUGAUUCUUUAAGGAUGUUGUAUGUUGUAUAAUAAGACUCGAACCUUGUUCCCUGAAUAAAAACAAUAAAAAUAAAAAAAGAAACAAGAGCUGAAGUUUUAUAUA